UGUACUGUGAAUGAAGGAAGUGAAGCGGAGAAGAUUGACACAAUCACAAUUUUACACAGUGUUAUGAUAUGUGGACUGUUGUAGUCAGCCUGUCUCUGACUCACGGUCUUUUUAACAGAAAUGAAGAUGUCGUGACCUCUGACCCACGGUCUGUUUACAUGGCAACAGAUGGCUAAUAGUUAGCUUGUGCUAGUUAACGUUACUUAACCGUUGAAAUGAUGGAACCACUCUGCGACUACUUCAUGUAUUUUCCUGCCGCUCCGAUAUCAAGUCUCUCGGACCCGGCGGACUUCACAACUCUUCCCCGGAGACGUCACCUGUACCUCGGGGAGACUGUCCAGUUCCUGUUGGUGCUGCGGUCCCGGGACCCUGUGAGGAGGGAUGACGGCUCCGGGGUUUUACCGUGGAGGGACCUGGGGGAAUCUCUGUCUGCUCUGGCGAGUGUGUGUGUCGCCGAGAGCCGGCAGCAGAGUCACGGUGAGUGCGAGCCAGACCUCCAGAGCAGCGAGGACAGCGGGGAAGAGGGGCCCGGGGACAGGGAGGCUGGAACCACAGACAACCGCGAAACAAGACCGGAGAGCAGCCGGGUUUUCAGACAGUGCAGCCCGCUUCUUAAUCACAACACCUCGGCCACUGGUGGACGACAGGAUGGCAGGGAACCGGUGAAGUCUGUUCUGGUGCAGGACAACCAGAUCAUCUUCUGUCUCACCGUCUCUCUGGACAAGCUGCCAGUCAACACACUCAAAGCCAAGAUCAUAGUGACUGUUUGGAGGCAGGAGGAGGAGAAGGUGGAGGUGAGGGAACAUGGCUACCUGACUCUUCUGCAGCUCAGAAGUCCAACACACACCUUCAGACAGGACCUGAACACCUUCAAGGCACAAGUCAACACCACCCUGAACGUUCUUCCACCUCCCUCUGUCCAGUGUCAGCAGAUCACCGUCUCUGGGAAACACCUGACCGUUCUCAAAGUGUUGAACCUCAGUUCUCAGGAGGAGGUGUGUGUCAGAGAUGUGAAGAUCCUCCCUAACUAUAACUCCUCCUACCUCCCCAUGAUGCCAGAUGGGUCAGUUCUCAUUGUCGAUAAUGUCUGCCACCAAUCAGCUGAGGUGACCAUGGCUUCAUUCUAUCGGAUGGACAGCGAGUCAUCACGUUUACCCAGCAGGCUCAGUGCCCUGGAGGAGCAGAACUUCCUGUUCCAGCUGCAGCUACAAAACAAAGCAGAGGAGGACUCCAGUGAGGGUCUUGAGGUCCCAUUGGUGGCUGUGUUACAGUGGUACACUCCAGCUCUACCUUUCACCAGAUACAUUUCCAGUUGCUACUCGCUGCCCAGUAUUUGUCUGGAUCGUCCCCAGCUGGUGAUGACAGCCUCCUGCCCCAGUGCCGUCAGGCCUCUGGAGCACUUCUGGGUCAAAUACACCCUGCUGAACAACUUGCAUGACUUCCUGGCCGUCCGUCUGAUCUGGAAUUCUGAAGCUCACAGUCGUCUGUGUCAGCAGGACCCCAGGGUGGGAGCAGUGGUGUGUCAGUCUCCUCUCAACAACCUGGGACAGUGUAGGAAGGGCUCCACCCUCUCCUUCACCGUGGCCUUCCAGAUCCUCAGGACCGGACUCUUUGAGUUAAGCCAGCACAUGAAACUGAAGCUCCAGUUCUCGGCCGCUGUGUCCACUCCUCCUGCGGGGCUUCGCUCGUCACUGAGGAAGUCUCCGUCGUCAUCCAGCUCUGCGGCCAGAGAGCUGCUGGACAGACAGAGCCUGGGCCGCUCUCAGAGCUUCUCCCACCAACAGCCGUCCAGGUCGCACCACGUCAGGUCAGGCACUGUGAUGGAGCGUCGGGCUGUCACGCCUCCUGUUGGUUCUCCAGUGUGCAGCUCCCUCUCACUGCCCCCUGACCUCACCCUCAUUUCACUGGACAAGAUAGCCAAGAGAGAGUGUAAGGUGUUAGUGCUGGAGCCAGUCCAGGAGGCACACUGCAGAUGACGUGGAGUCGAAGGUCAUACUGAGACACAACCAUCAGUGUUUGAUCCUCCUGUCCGGCCUUCAGAGCCUCGUCGUCUGCCUGAAGGAGACGUGCUGCAUCAACCGGACCUGGACCGAGUGAUGGUGGUGAGGAGGGUGGUGGUGGGGCAGAGAUGAUCACAGAAAAGCCCGUCUUCAUUUCACCGGUUUAUCAUUUCACUGAACGACUGAUUAGAUUUAUUUACUUUUAUUUUAUUUUAUUUUAUUUUAUUAGCUUUUAUUAGCUAUUUUCUGGGUGAUUCUGUUGAUUUUUAGGGUUUUAUUAAAGCAUCGUUGACUGUUUUUUUUUUUGUAAUGGCAGCUCUUGUGUCCUUGUACGAGUCAGGAAACCCAGGUGGAUCCAUUUGUCUGUAUUUUACUAGAGUAACUCUCCACCUGCUAGCUUAGCUGCUCAGAGCCUAGACCUUAUGGAUGAUCUGGAUCACUGACUGUGAGCCAGACCUUAUGACCUCACUGAUGCUCUUGUGUCUGAAUGGGAUCAAAUCCCUGCAGCUGGUUCAACAUCUGGAUGAUCAUCUGUUGCAGAUGAUGAUGAUGUCAGAGUCAAAUAUUCAACCAUCACAUGUAACUAUCAGUUGAAUGUUUGGCUGUUCAGUGUAGUGUAUGUUGCUAUGUAGAAAGCUAGUCCCCCAGGGCAGAGAGAGUUUGUGCUAAGCUAAGGUAAGCUAAACAUGUUCUGAAGCUAUUUCUGUGUUGAUCUACUGAAUCUGAUUCUGGGUCAGAUAUAGCUAAGGGUUGGACUGCUCCUUUAAAUGAGCUGUGUACUCUGAGUUUCAUCCUCUGUUGUUUCCUGUGUUAAACUGAGGUGAUUUUCUAACUGCUGGACUUCGUCGUCUGUUUACAGAUGAGAACAGGUGACGACCUGAGGGGUUGUUUCCUGUAUACACUCAGUUUGACGUUCACUGGGAUGUAUUUUUUUCAAAUAGGACAGAAUUUCAGUGUGAGUGUGAUGCAGGUUUACUCAUUAGUCUUUACACUGGUUUAUUUAGUUCUAAUUCUUAGUGGUGUCUAUUUAUUAUUAACGUUAAAAUGUUUUACUUUCUUUAGAUUUGGGUUUUAAAUGUUGGAUCAUGGUGUCAGUGCCUUUUACAGUCUCCUCAUUUGUUGUCUGUUUGUCUCCAGCUGGGGAGCAUAUGAUAAAUAAUAAUACUGACAUUAUGAACCAUGAAGCUGGAGGUGAGGAGCUGAAUUUCAUUUUGCUGUGGAACUAAAUCUUGAAGCUGGACCACAGUGAGACCAGAUUUAUCAUCAGUGCUCUGAUGUAAAAAUGUGUUUAAAGGAGCUGUUAGUAAGUUUUGCUAUUGCUAUAUAGCUAACGUUAACAUUAGCAGCUGUUUACUCACCAGUCCAGAAGAAACGUUGUGAGUUCAGCAUCAAACUUCAUUACUUUACUCACCAGCAGCUGUCUCCAGAGGUGGAAAGCAACCCUCUAGUUUUGCUUUUAUUUCAACCACUUCUUUUCUUCUACUGAAACUUCAGUAGAAGAAAAGAAGUGGUUGACUAGCUGGUCAGCCAGUCCUUUCACUGCACAGGGUUUUAUAACCUCAGCAACAACGGCUGAAGCUCUUGGCGAGACUGGUCAGUAAGCAGCUGUUGAUGCUAACGCCAGCUUACAAAUCUCACACCACAUGUGCGUUUAUUAAGUUUCAAUUUUAUUAAUGAGCAACAUGACAGUAUUUCAUGGCUCCUAUGAUUUCCUGAAAACAGAUACACUGUAAGGAGGGAAAAAGAGUUUUAGUCCAUGUUGAAACUAUUUAGUUUAUUUUGUUGUUCAAUUCCAGACGAAUUUACUGAAGAGACGUUAAAACCUGAUUGACUGGAAACACUGACAGACAUCUGCAUGUAGCUAUAGAUGAUCUAUAAUCUAUAUAUCAGGUAAAUGUUCAUGUUUUUUCAGAAUCUUUAUUCCUCAGACCCCUUCACUUUUACUUAUGUUGCAGUCUCAUCAGUCAUUUCUCCAUAAAGACAAAGUAUUUUUUUGUCAUCAAACGCCUCCUGAUGACGUUAUAAAAACUGUUUGCACCAAAUCAUUUAAAAGAACAGCCAAUGAGAGAAAGCCAACACUCAGCCGACCAAUGGUGUUACUCCAUCACUCACUGAGUCACAGACAUAAACACAGCCACUGAUACAGCAGCUGCAUUAACACUGCUGUCACUAUGAUGUACACUCCAUUGUGAUGUAAACCCUUAAAGCUUCCGCUGCUGCUUGUUCACAGAUGUGGAUAUGACCACACACAUCUGGAGAGUUAAUGUAAAUGGUGAGGGGGAAAUGUGUUAACCUCUGAUACCACUGUGGUUUGGACCAAUCAGUGUCCUUUGGGGGAGGAGCUACAGGCAGCUAUGGAGAGGUGACUGGUCAUGUUUGUACCAUUCUACCAUUCCAGUGUUCAAACAGCUCCACACUGAACACAUCAGACCCCUGACAUACAGAGUCUCAUUCCUUAAAAUGUGGAGCUGUAAGACUGAGACUUGAAUAGUGGAUUAAACUGAGUCUGGUUGAACACAAAAAAUCUGAAUGUGCCUUUAAUUUCAUUCUUUGGUUUUGAGCCUCAUUCGUCAUGUCUUAAAUGUCUUUUGAGUUAUUUUCAGUGUGAGGAAGAUUAUUGUUGAUCUUUAGUGUCACAUGUUGGGAUGCUGGGAUGUCAUGUUUUCUUCCUGCUGUUCUAAUAAAUAAAGCGCUGAUGGAUAAA